AUGGCCAUUAGGUGGAAGCAUUUCAAGAAAAGAGGGAAAAUCCGGGCUCCUAAAGGAAAAGAAUUUCUGGAGAAGGUGUUGAAGGAAUUUCCGGUAGAAGGACGCAUUGCUCUACUGCAGACCAAGUCCGAUCAAGAUUCAGAGCUAUACAAUUUUGAAAUUGAUUCCACGACCCAACUGCAUUUUCUUCGAAAUACAACUCCAUUUAUCAUCAGAUGUUUCUCGGCAUCCAACCAGAAUUCUUUCACUGUGUCUUACCUCAUAAACUCAUGUGGGUUGUCCCCAGAAACUGCUAUUUCUGCAUCUGAGAAGAUACGCUUUGAAAACCCUAAAAAUCCAGAUUCUGUUCUCGCUCUUCUCAGAGACGCUGGAUGUACCAACACCCAUAUCACCAAAAUCGUAACCAAGCUUCCUUCACUGCUCUUGGUUAAUCCUGAGAAGGCCCUUUUGCCCAAACUCGAAUUUUUUCGUUCUAUGGGCCUUUCUAGUGCUGAUCUUGCUAGCAUCCUCUCUUCUGAGCCAAGUAUCUUGAAUAAGAGCUUAGAAAAGGUUCUAAUUCCCAAGCAUAAUUUCCUCAAGAGUGUACAUGUAAAUAAUGAAGGUGCCAUGAAGAUUCUCAAGAGGUCAUCCUGGAGUUCUAGUGGAAACACCAUAGCUGCCAAUAUUGCUGUUCUGAGAGAAAUUGGAGUUCCCAUAUCCCAUGUCUCAUUUUUAGUGGUGCGUUAUCACACAAUCUGCCAAAAAAGUGAUAAAUUCAGUGAAAAUGUCAAGAAGGUUGUGGAAAUGGGAUUUAAUCCUUUGAAAUUUACUUUCGUGAAUGCACUCCAAGCAUUCUGUCAAAUGACUGAAUCAACUCGGCAACAAAAAAUGGAGAUGUAUAGGGGGUGGGGUUGGUCUGAAGAUGAGAUUGUGUCGGCAUUCAGAAGCCGUCCACAAUGUAUGCAAUUGUCUGAGAAGAAAGUUACCAAGGUGUUGGAUUUCCUUGUGAACAAAAUGGGUUGGCAACCUGCAGUUGUUGCUAGGGCGCCAGUAGCUAUCUGCCUCAAUUUUGAGAAGAGGGUUGUUCCAAGGUGUUCAGUUGUGAAAGUUCUGUUAUUGAAAGGGUUGGUAAAGAAGGAUUUGAGGUUAGAUCAUUUUCUGAGUCUCACUGAGGAGAAUUUCUUGGAUAAGUAUGUAAUCAAAUAUCGGGAUGACAUUCCUCAGUUGUUAGAUCUAUAUCAAGGGAAGGUGAGUUUUAUGGAGCUAGGAUUUGGAUCUUAGGAGAUAGUGGUACAUGGCAUGAAAUGAUUUCAACUUUACAAGCCCAAGUAAUUAUCAUUCUUUCUCAAGUGUUGCUAUAUUUCCAGCACAUCAGUUUUUGCACUGUCUUGAUAAUUGUCUUAACCAACCUCUGCUGAUGGUAACCUCAAUAACAAUUUCUCCUUUUCGUUUUGUUUAUGAUUGACAAUACAUGCCGUGAGAGUUCAUGGAGAUAUGUAUUCAAUGAUGAAAAUAAAAAACUGGGGAUGAAAACCCCGAAGUUUUGUAUGGGCAGUUUCUAAAGUUUGGUUUGCAGACUGCCCUGGUAUCUUGUAGUAUUUAUCAUCCUCCUUAGCUCCAUGGGAAGUUUCCUGUAGGGAACUAAAAGGUGUAUUUUGUUUUGCCAAUCAAUAUAUGAAUUUAGCUGAAUUUACUAGUUUUCAUUAUGUUUGUAGUUAGUGAAAUGGUGGUUUAACUAAGUUUCUGUUUGGUGCUAUCAAGUCUAUGUCUUUUUAGUUUUGUUGUUCAGCUCAAAGCAGAAGAGCUUCAGAGCUUUCUUUUAAGCUUCAACAUGGACAAGAGAUUCCAACCACCAGCUGCAACCCUUGUCCCAAAUGAUUCAACAUGGACCAAUUUUCUACCCUUGAUAUUUGUUUUCAUCUUUAGUUGGAGGAUUUCUUUUGCUUAUUUAUUUAUUUUUUCGGUUGCGGAAGCUAAGGAAUGAAGGUGUGAAGAUGAGAUUUGGUUGAGAAAGCAUCCUGUGAGUAUGAAUAGUAUUGAUAGGGGAAUGGAUUUCCAUGUGAACAAGAUGGGUUGUGAGACACCCUUCCAGUGCUAUAACAAAGUCUCUGUUUCUCAGUUUUGGAAA